ACUCUCUAAUAGCGGCAAAAGUCUGUGUUCCCGGCUUAAAGAACUGUAGAUAUAUUUUUUGCGCCCAUCUACUUUAACCUAUACAAGGUGUUGAACUUGAGAGCUUCAGCAUUUAAAAAGAGGAUAGUUUAUACAUAUAAAUAGCAAUUUUCAAAGCGCGUUAAAAUUUUAACAACCAAAUAUCUGCAAUUUUGUCUCUAAGAAUAUUUUAUGGAAUCUAUGAUAUUUUUAAAAGAGAAAAGGUUAUAUUUCUUAAGGACAGUCCACUGAUACAAUAUCUGUGGGAAUAUUGCAUUUUUCAAAAUUAUAAAAUUGUUUUUGAAAAGAAGUUUUCAAAUUCAAUUUGCAGAAAUAUCAAAAAUGGAAUACGAUAUAUGUCGUCUGUGUGGCAUUAAAUCUGAGCAUUUAGCGUAUAUCUUCGAUGAAUUAAAUAAUUUGGCGCAGAUGAUAAAUGAGACUUUACGAAUCAAGGUCUCACAAGACGACGAUUCCAAAUAUAUAUGCUUAGACUGUUAUAACAAGGUUAUCAGUUAUUAUGAUUUUACUCAAAAUGUAUUGGCGCACUCGAAGGAAAGCGAGACUAAAAUUAUCUCUUUCUACGAAGUCGAUAGAAAGGAGAAAUUGGAAAGUGUGGUGAUUUCGAAAUUGCACAAUGACAUGAUAUAUGCCUGUCCGAAUUGCAAUAAGGAUUUAAUGAUCUUGAUAAAGAGCAAUUCUCAAGAUGGAACAUUUCAAAUUUCAUUGAUUGUUGUGGAUCAAAUGGAGAGAACAGUGGAAGAAAGUAGUCAAAUAUUUGAAGACACAAUGGAGUUUAUCGAUGUCUCUACAGAAAAAUCCGAUACGGAGGAUGAAUUACAUGAAGUGUUAUCGAAUUAUGAUAUUGUCGAUGUGACAGAUGAUAAUGAACGAGAUAUCAAUGGGAUAGGAAGGUCGCAAAAGGAAGCAAAUCCUCGCGUUACGUUGCAAAAAACUCGCGUGUCACGUGAAUCGAAUAAAAGUACAAAGAGGAAGUUUCAAGAAAGUAUUUCUAUUGGAAGGCCUGUCAAUCCCACCAAGUCGCCAAAACUAGAAGCAAAAGUGGGUGUAAUGAAACAAAAUGAAUUGAGCAGCGAUCACAACAGAUCAAGUAUAACCGACUUAAUGACAUUUCAAUCGGUAAACAAUGAUGUGGAAUGUGAAGAGAUGAAAAUUGAGGAGGAACAUAAUACAGGGUACAUGACGGAAAAGAAGUGUCUUGACAAGAAUCUUACUAUGUCACGAGCAUUUGGAAUAAAGUUAGAGGCAGCGGAACAAAAUGAAUCGAGUGAUGAUUAUGUUAGAUCGAACGCAGUUGAUUUAAUAAUAUUGCAGUCAGAAAACGAUAACAUGGAAUGCCUCGGAGACGACGAAGAAAUGAAAGAUGACGGUACAAUGGACGUGACGAAAAUUGAAAACGAAGGUUAUACAAAUGACACGAAUGUACCGAGAAGUAAUGUAAGACAAAUAUGCAAUUUGUGUGGGACCUGUUACAUUUCACAGAUGAAGUAUGAGUUUCACAUGGAGCGACACAAGUUGAACAAAGUGGACAGAUGCGUUUGCACGAUAUGCGACAAGGAGUGUAAGAAUGAAAACUUGUUGUGGAAUCACUAUCUCAACAUGCACAAGAGCCCGAUGCGGUACAUUUGCCUGGACUGCAACACGACGUUCACAACGAAACUAAAUUUAGGCGAGCAUCAGAAGAAGCGCAAUCACUCCAGCUACAAAACGAUGCAAAAUAUUAAAACCGACAGCAGAAAUCGGACAGCGGACAGCAAUCAGAGGACUGUUUCGAAGCGAAAGUGCGCUAUCUGCAGAAAAUUGAUAAAGGACAUGGAUCUCAAUGUUAGCAAUGAUGUAGCAAUUUGCGCUUUCUGCGUGGACCCUGGUGCGUGUCUGGUCGACGGGGAGGUGACAAAACCGGUCACGCAGCGGCAGUAUCACUGCUCGAAGUGCCGCAAGCACUUCAUGCGCCGGGAGAGACUCGAGUUCCACGAGAUGCGGCACAACGAGAACAUGGACGAGUUCGUCUGCAGUACGUGCGGCCGUGAGUUCAGCGGGGAGAACUCCUUGUACGAGCACUAUCUCUUCGUGCACAAGGGGGCGAGGCCGCACGUUUGCGAGGUGUGCGGCAAGUCGUUUCAGCUGAAGGCACGAUUGAAGGAGCACUAUCGCAAGCACACGGGUGAGAAGCCUUAUCAGUGCGAGAUAUGCGGCCACCGGUGUAUGACCACGCACUCGUUGAAAUUCCACAAGAAGUCCCACCUGGCCUUGCGCCACACGUGCGAGAUAUGCGGCAAGUCGUUUCUCAAGAAGCAGAAUCUGAACGAACAUCUGGAGAAGCACUGGACGAACGACAAGAGCGUGUCGCUCUCGCGGAUAUUCACGUGUCCCGUGUGCAGCUGCGACCUACCGACCUUCCGCAUGCUGAGGCAUCACAUGAUCGGCACUCACCAGCUCGACCGUCAGGACCCCCUGAUAAUGAAGCAGAAACCGUGGUACGAGUGCGACGAGUGCCAGGAGAAGUUCAAGCAUCAAAUGUCGCUCAAGGCGCACAAGGAGAAGGUGCACGAGGGCAAGAUUUUGCCUCGUGUAUUUCAGUGUGACGUAUGCGAGGUCGUGUACAAGGUCAAAUCGAUGCUGAUCAAGCACAUUAGGAGCAAGCACAGCGACGAGAAGCGGUACAAGUGUGCGCAGUGCGACGUCACAUUUGCAGACGGCAAAACUCUGCAGGAUCACGUUUUGCUGCACGCGGACAAGAGGCUGUUCACUUGCGAACACUGCAACGUGAGUUUCAGGUGUAGGGAAGCCAGGGACGCCCAUUGCCGUAAACACACGAACAAUCGGUCCUUGUAUCAGUGCGCCGAUUGCAACAAGUCGUUCAGUAGCCACGCCAGCCAUUCGAACCAUCGCGAGAAGGUGCACGGGGACAAUGAGUGUUCCCAGUGCGGAAAGAAAUUCGGCGAUAUGCAAAAAUACCGAAUUCACCUGAACAAUCAUCUUGGUGAAAACUUAAGUAAAUUAAAAUCCACGUAA